GAACCUUCUCCCAAACAGACUGUUGACAACCUUUAAGUGUGGCGAACGUAUUGUAAGCUAAAAAUUUGAGCGCCGGUGACGACCAUUCCAGAAAUCAGAAAAUGACGGUCAUCACCUUCAAGUUUUCUUUGUUGCUGCUGGUCCUCUGUGCGACAACCAACGGCCAAAAAAUUACGGUGAUGUGGCCGACGGUCGUCACUUCAACACUGACGGUUACGACAAUUACAAGUACCGUUUGCCUUUCGCUUGAUUUUCCGGCUGGACCAAUUCCUGAAUGUCGGCGGCGACGUCGACAGCUCUGGGUCGAGAGACCCAUCUUGGCACCAAUUGAAGAGCAAUCAGCAUGGCCAUUGCUCAUCCAACCCACCAACGCUUUACGGGUUGAACCGACUGCAGUGCCGGUGUUGAGGAGCGCUCAAUUCAAUUCCGGAUUGAACGGGGGAGCUCAUCUCCAGCCUUCCUUCCUGGGGGCUGCGAGCGACUACCAACAGAGGAUGCACAAGUACUUGGACUUUGCUUCGAUGCCCAACAUCUUUUAUCGAAAUAGGCCGACUGAAAACCGAAGAAGGACGAGUAAAAAAACAACUGUCGUGUACACAAGGUCAAAAACCGUCACGGAAAACGAGAUGACCACAAAGACCAAUACAAUUGGCAUUUCCGGCUGCACACCCUCUCCGCUGCCUUUCGAUAUAUGUGUCUGAAACUAAAAAUUGAAUUAUCAGGACGUUAACUUCAACCGACACGAUAUAAACUUUGCUAAGUGCCAAAAGAAAAUUGAUAACCUCAUAUUCUGUUUAGAUAUUUAAGCUAUUUCGCUCUGUCUUUGUUCGCUUUUGGCUCGCCAGAAUACAUGAAUUCCUAG